AUGAGUUUUGCUGUAUAAUUAUUUUUUUUAAUUUGUACAGCCAUGUUUUCGUUUGCUGAAUUAAGAGAUUUAAUGACUAGAGACAAACCCAAGACAUUCAACAAGCACAAUCCAUACUACUCAUACGAUUCUGUGAGUCCUUCUAGAAGGGAUAUUCUAAUCUAAUGGAUUAUUGCACAAUCAUCUCAAUUCCAACAUUCAAUAAAAACCUUAGAACUGGCUGUGCUUAUUAUCGAUACAUACUUAAAUUAUUUUAAUAUCUCUCAGGAAUACCUUUAACUGUUGGGGAUUUCGGCAUAUUCGAUUGCCUCGAAGUUUUAUGAGACAGAAAUCUCAUGUCAAAUCAAGUUAUAUGAUUAAGAAGGCUAGCCAUUAUACAAAGAUGAAGAAUACAACGAAAUGGAGGAGUAAAUUGUGAAAGCCAUGGGAUAUCAAUUGAAUCUUACCACAUCAUCGGAUUAUCUAUUAGCAAUGAAUGUUGAAAUAGAUGAAAAAGUGUAGAAUUUGUUAAUGUUCAUGCUCAUAGACUAUGAAAUAUAUCAAUAUUCUCAUUUCGAAUUGGCUUUGGCAAUCUUACAUUACCUAAAUGAUACAAGACUUGUUGUUUCAAAGAAAAUUCUCAUCGUAUCUUAAUUAAUUCAUAAAAAAUUAAUUAAAGCUCAAGAAAUCUCAUGUGAUAAAUAUGAAGAGGACACUAAAUCCGUUGGAAGGAGUCCCUCUGUUUAAAAAAGGAUUUCAAAAAAAAGAGACUUUAAAAGGUAAAGAUUAAUAAAACAACAAAAUUGA